UAGAUGGGGUACCGACCUUGCGACUGGUGUCAGGCCGGAGCAACAAGUGGAUAAGAAGAAUCCGACUACUGCCAUUUCCGCAAAACCGCUAACUGAAGCGCAAUGGGUACGGUCCUUCCCCCGAAUCCGCGUAGAAGGCAUGUCCUAACAACGAACCCUACAGCUGGUGCGCUUCAUCUUCCUCGAGUCGAUUGCCGGGGUUCCAGGCAUGGUUGCCGGGAUGCUCCGGCACCUCCACAGCCUACGUCGCCUCAAGCGCGACAACGGCUGGAUCGAGACGCUGCUCGAGGAGUCGUACAACGAGCGCAUGCAUCUGCUGACCUUCAUGAAGAUGUCUGAGCCCGGCUGGUUCAUGAAGACGAUGAUCCUGGGCGCGCAGGGCGUCUUCUUCAACGCCAUGUUUCUCAGCUACCUGAUCUCGCCAAAGAUCACGCACCGAUUUGUCGGCUACCUCGAGGAGGAGGCCGUCCACACGUACACCCGCUGCAUCCACGAGAUUGAGCGGGGCGACCUCCCAAAGUGGUCCGAUCCGGCCUUUGAGGUUCCCGAGAUUGCCGUGACGUACUGGCGGAUGCCCGAAGGGAAGCGCUCCAUGCGAGAUCUGCUCCUCUAUAUCCGCGCUGACGAGGCGUGCCAUCGCGGCGUCAAUCACACCCUGAGCAACCUCAACAACAAGGAGGAUCCCAACCCGUUUGUCAGUGACUACAAGGCCGGCUCGGAUCGCCAAAGACCUAUCAAUCCGGCCUUGAAGCCGACGGGGUACGAGCGAGAAGAGGUCAUCGGCUGAGAGUCGUUCUUUUUGAAAUGGUCUUGUUUUUCUCACGUUUUCUUUUCCACCUGCAUUGUCGCAACGGUCCAGUGGGUUUAGUUUGUUUUUGGACAUUGGCCGGCGGCCGUUGGCAACAAAAUAGACAUGAUACCACCUUCUCCUCUCUGCAUCAUGGUAGUCAAGGGGAUUUGGGAUCGGAAAAGGCAGGAGAAAAUGAUUAAGGCGUUCGGGAUACAUUAUGGCGUACCAACCGUGGGGUUUUGCUUUCAAUCGGAAUACUCGCACGGGCGACAGAGACCAUAGAACUCAUAUUAAAUUGCGCAAAUCAACUGGACUCGAAG